CCGUCGGUCUGGCCAGUAUACAAUGAACCAUGACCAUUCCAAGAAGACCCCUGAUGGAGCAUCGUUUGACCGCUCAGGAUCCCAGGACUCCUUGGAUGAGCUGUGUAUGGAUGACUACUGGAAAGAACUUGAAAACAUCCAUGAAACCAGAGGAAAUAAUCAUGAGGAACGAGUAGCGCUUGUAGUGAAAGAGCCGGAUGAGGGAGAACUGGAAGAAGAAUGGCUGAAGGAGGCAGGUCUGUCAAAUCUGUUUGGCGAGAGCUCCGGCGACUCCCUGGAAAGCGUGGUGUUUCUGUCCACGCUGACCAGAACCCAGAAGGCAGCAGUAGAAAAGCGAGUAGAGACUGUCACACAAACCAUGAGGAAAAAAAACAAACAGCACCAGAUUCCUGAUGUCAGAGAUAUCUUCAGGCUACAAAAUGACUCAAAGGGAAAAGUCUGUGAUGGAAGUGAACCUUCAACUAUGAGAACAAGUGAAAACGAAAAUGAAACACAAGAUGGAACAAAAGGUCCAAAGUUCAGUCUUGGAAUGGAUGAGCGGAAGAGCCCGCUUGAAGACAUACCAUUUUCAGACACUGACAUCAAUUUGGAGAUAUCAUUUGCAGAACAGGCAGCUAAUCUCAAAGACAGCUCAGUAGGCAAAAUGUGCAAGAGUGGAGGGGGUGACACUCUUCUCCCGAAUUUCAGGCUGCCGAAGGACAAAACAGGUACCACAAAGAUUGGUGACCUGGCCCCUCAGGACAUGAAGAAAGUCUAUUCUUUAGCACUGAUUGAAUUAACUGCUCUCUAUGACAUACUUGGGACAGAAUUCAAGCAGCAAAAAGCUGUAAAAAUCAAAACGAAAGAUUCUGGCUUGUUUGGUGUCCCACUGUCAGUUUUACUGGAACAGGAUCAGAAAAAGGUGCCAGGAACCAAGAUCCCGCUGAUUUUUCAAAAGCUGAUUGCCCAGAUAGAAGAGGCAACUCUGGAAACAGAAGGACUUCUUAGAAUACCAGGAGUUGCAACAAGAGUAAAGAGUCUUUGCCAAGAACUGGAAGCAAAAUUUUAUGAAGGGACUUUCAACUGGGAAAAUGUAAAGCAACAUGAUGCAGCAAGUCUUUUAAAACUCUUCAUCCGUGAACUGCCUCAGCCACUCCUCACUGUAGAAUAUCUCAAAGCUUUCCAAGAUGUACAGAAUCUUCCGACGAAGAAACAGCAACUGCAAGCUUUGAAUCUUUUGGUUCUCCUUCUACCUGAAGCAAACAGAGACACUCUAAAGGUACUGCUUGAAUUCCUCCAAAGGGUAAUUGAUCAUCGAGACAAAAAUAAAAUGACGUUAAAGAAUGUUGCAAUGGUGAUGGCCCCAAACCUUUUCACGUUUCAUGGGUUUGGCGCAAAGACUAUUGAACAAAGCGAGUUUGUUAUGGCAGCUGGAACAGCAAAUGUCAUGCGCUUUAUGAUUCAGUACCAAAAACUUCUCUGGACAAUUCCUAAGUUUAUUGUUAACCAAGUGAGAAAACAAAACACUGAAAGACAAAAGAAGGAGAAAAAGGACAAAGCUAUGAAGAAACUUCUGAAAAAGAUGGCAUAUGACCGGGAAAAGCAUGAGAAACAGGAGAAAACCUAUAAUGAUGCUGAUGUUCCUCAGGGAGUGAUACGGGUGCAAGCGCCUCAUCUUUCGAAAGUUUCCAUGGCAAUACAGCUGACAGAAGAACUGAAAGCCGGUGAUAUAGUAGCCAGGUUUCUCAGCCAGAAAAGUGGAAGUGUCCAAACACUCAAGAAAGAAGAGGUUUUUCUUUAUGAAAUCGGAGGAAAUAUUGGAGAACGCUGCCUUGAUCAUGAUACCUACAUGAAGGACUUAUACCAGCUCAACCCAAAUGCUGAGUGGGUUAUAAAAUCUAAGCAGAGCUAAGCUCACAACUGAUGGCAAAAGAACCUGUGGACUUAACUUUGUAAGGCUGAAUGUUUCAAAGGGAUAGUGCGUCCUUUCAACAUUCAACUGUGUUAUAUGUAUUAAUAGUACCUUAUCCAGUUUAAAAAAAAAAAAAGUGAUGGAAACCCAACAGUGAUUACCAGUAAAUUUUCAGUUUUACUCGCAGCAAAAUUUUGGAGAUAGCACAGUUUUCCCACUCAUGUUUGAAAAGACAGUAAGUACCUUAAAUAUUUUAAUGGCACUAAUCUACCUCCCAUCUGG